AUGGUUGUUGCCACUAAUGCAUACUUUAAACAACCUCAGGUGUGUGCUCUAAACUUUUACCCCGUGGAAAUCGAAGUCAACUCUUCCGUCCUCAACGACGAGUUCAUUGCCCACCGUCUGGGUCUUAUCCCUCUCACCAGCAAGAAAGCCAUGAGCAUGCGCUUCUCACGUGAUUGCGAUGCGUGUGACGGUGAUGGCCAGUGCGAGUAUUGCUCAGUAGAGUUCCAUUUGAGAGCGAAGUGCAUGGGCGACCAGACUUUGGAUGUCACCAGUAAGGACUUGAUCAGUUCUGACCAUAACGUUGUUCCUGUCGAUUUCGCCGAUUCUUCUGCCUACGAUUCAAGUGAUCAGCAAAGGGGCAUUAUCAUUGUGAAGUUGCGUCGUGGGCAAGAACUGAGGCUUAGAGCAAUAGCCAGAAAAGGGAUUGGCAAAGACCAUGCAAAAUGGUCACCUUCUGCAACUGUCACUUUCAUGUACGAACCAGAGAUCCACAUCAAUGAAGAUUUAAUGGAAACUCUGACGCUUGCAGAGAGACAAGCCUGGGUUGAAAGUAGUCCAACCAAAGUGUUUGACCUUGAUGAAGCUACUGGACAGGUUGUAGUGGUUGAUAAUGAGGCAUACACUUAUGAUGAAGAAGUGAUUAAGAAGGCAGAAGCCAUGGGGAAGCCGGGACUUGUAGAGAUCUAUGGCAAAGAAGACAGCUUUAUAUUCACUGUGGAAUCUACCGGUGCAAUUAAAGCUUCUCAGAUGGUACUGAAUGCCAUAGAAGUUCUGAAACAAAAGCUGGAUGCAGUUCGUCUGUCUGAAGAUACCAUAGAAGCUGAUGAUCAGUUUGGUGAACUUGGAGCACAUAUGCGAGGAGGAUGAUUGUAUUAACUUCAACUCGUUUUGGUUGAAAUUGACUUGACAGAUACGAAAUCACUGAUUUGCCAAAGCCUGUAAGCCAAACAUUAAAAUAGAUCUUAUGCCGGUGCUACGAUUUAACCAUGUUGAAACUGUUUACAUGUUUUACUGUAUAUUUUCCUUCUUAGAACUAUUCUAUGGCUAUUCUGGUCUCA